GACAGAAGCGGUCGCCUCGCGCCACGGUAUGCGCGCGCGCAACCAAGAUUAACAGAAAACUGAUUUAUAGUGUCCCGUUGAAAAAAUAAUCGGCCAAGUGAUGUGAUGGAGGGCCAGGAGUGGAGAGACGAGUGGCAUCAACCUCGCCAGCUGGACGGUGUCGUAUCAAGCCAGUUUCCUCGAGGCGCCUACCUGCAGUCACUCGCUGAACGUGUCAGCCGUGACCAAGAUCAGCUCCCUGCGCUACCCUCGCUACUAAACACACCGAGAGAUGUUAACGCACCUGUGAUUUAUACGGAUAGCGCAGUAUGUUCGAGAAGCACGUACUCCCCGCUGCAGGCCCUCAGCGAGAGUACUUGCAGGGACCAUGGAGCGCAGGUGGCGCCCCCACCACCGCAACCACCACCAAGAAUGCCGGUAUCAAACCAAAACGUUACGCUACACCCAGCCGUCGCGCGUUGUACAGCAUCCUUAGAAUUAGCAGCGCUAUGGAGGAGUUUUCACGAGCUGGGUACAGAGAUGAUCGUCACCAAGGCAGGGAGGAGAAUGUUCCCAGCUUUGCAGGCCAGGCUCUCUGGGCUUCUGCCCAAUGCGGAGUAUCUGUUGCUGGUGGACUUUGUACCCUUGGAUGAUAAGAGAUACCGCUAUGCGUUUCAUAGUUCGAGCUGGGUGGUAGCCGGCAAGGCGGACCCGGUGUCCCCACCGCGCAUCCACGUGCACCCGGACUCGCCCGCCGCCGGCGCGCACUGGAUGCGGCAACUCGUGUCCUUCGAUAAGCUCAAACUUACGAACAACCAGCUGGAUGACAAUGGACAUAUAAUCCUAAACUCCAUGCACCGCUACCAGCCCCGGUUGCAUGUGGUUUAUUUGCCCGGGGACGGACAGAGCUCCGCCCCGGGUACAGUGCCCUACCGUACGUUCAUAUUCCCGGAGACCGGGUUCACUGCGGUCACAGCUUAUCAGAAUCAUAGGAUAACACAAUUAAAGAUAGCAAGUAAUCCAUUUGCGAAAGGUUUCCGAGAUUGCGACCCGGACGACUGUCCCCCUGAGCAAAGUCCCCAACGCAGUGUCCCGCGGCGCCGCGAGCCCCAGCCCGCGGAGCCCUACCCGCUGACGCAGCCCUACGCCGCCGACCCGAGCUCCAGCGGCCCGCUCUAUCCUGCGCAUGCGCAUCCCGUACGGUAUCAGCCACACACAGGCCACAAUAGCGCGUAUUCCGCAUAUUACGCCCACAGAUAAACAAAAUAAAAACACAAAACACUAUACCAAAAAGUAUGUGAUAUAGAUUAAAGACGAUGAACAUUGAUAGAAAAGUAUUUACAUUAUGUUCAAAUGAUUCGAGUUUGAGUCGAAAUUCUCAGAUGGUCUUCAAGUAGAAAAAUUAAACGAUAUUCCAGAUUUGAAAGAAACGCUAAUGGAACGAGGAUUCCUCGUUCUUAUAAAUAAAAAAACUGACUUUAUUAUUUGUAAUUUAUUUGUAUUUUGAUUCGAU